AUGCCUUCCUUAUGUGAGUGGAGUGAACGUUCAUUUAUGCUUGAAAUGAAACCAAAAAAUGAAUUGGCUGCUUUGUAUGUUGAUUGUCCUCCUGUAACGUUAAAACAAGAACAAAAUUCAGAUAAUACUAAUGAUUCUGAUUUUGAUAAAAUAACAGAAGUUGUACGAGUUGGUGACCAUUAUCUUGAGCUGACAGAGGAAGAGGUAGUUGAUGAUGAUUCAGUUCAUAGAAAAGAUUCAGGUGUAUCAAGUAAUUGUGAAUCAUGUUCAAGAUAUUAUGCAUUUAUUGAAGAUGUUUCACUUGAUCCAAAAACUUUAUCAUGUUUUACAUGGAUGGACCAAAAUAGAUUAUUUAUGUGUAGAAUAAAGGCUGUCACUGAGGGACAAUAUUUAAGACCAAAAACUAAUGCUCGUAUUGAAAAAGAAAUUUUAAGUUUUGUUGAUAUUAAUGAAUUUGUUGAUGAUUUUAAAGAUGAAGAAAAGUAUAUAUUUUGUAAUGAAUGUAACUCACAAAUAUAUGUAGCUACACCAAGUACACAAAUAGCAAUUAUGCCAAGUGAUAAAUUUCUUGAAGAUUCCUCCUCUUCAUUUGACUUUUAUUGUAGAACUGUUUGUGGUGGGCAUACUUUUGAUACAGAAAAAGCUUAUAAAGAACAUGAAGAAAAGUUAAAAGAAUUUUUACCAUCAUCUAAUAAAAUUGUUUUAUCAUGUAGUUAUCUUUUAAUUUGUAAAGAUGACAUUGAUGAAAAGUUUAUUUCAUUUGGUGAAACAAAACAAAAUGUAUUAUGUUGUUCUAAAUGUUUAGUAGAAAUUGGAUAUAAUAUGACACAAUAUCAAAAUUGCUAUAAAUUUUAUCACUCAGCUGUUACAUUUACCAGUAAAUCUAUGAUGUUAACAAAGAAUAUUAAUAGACCUAGAAAUUUUAUAGAAUAUAAAUUUGAAACAACUGAACGAUAUUUUGCUUAUCUUCUUUUAUCUCAAUCAGAAAAUGAUGGUACCAGUAAGGUUGUUGUAAAGUCACUUGAAGGUAAACCUCAUAUGUUUAUUUGGAUAUAUGAACCAUAUGUUGUAAUGACAUCAGGAAGUUUAAAAAAGAAAGAAGAUACAUCAAAUGAUGAUGAGUCUGAUCAUGUCAAGUCAUUUGCUGCUCUUAAAGUUAUGUAUAAAAUAUUUGAUUCAGAUAUGGCAAUUUAUGAUUCAAAAGCACAAGGAUGUGACCCAUCAGCUGGGACACUUGAGAUGCCCCAAAAUGCUUGUCUUAAAUUUAUGGAACUUCUUCUUAUAAAUUCUCAUGCAUUCCCACCAUCUUUCAGAUUAUUAGGACAGUUUUGUGUUAGUUUUUUGAAACUUAACAAUAUCCGUCAAUAA